AUGUCUCCUCCGCCGCCAACGGGUGAAAAUACCACCGCCACCGCCGGCGCCGGCGCUUCCGAUUGGAGGAGUGAUGUGAAACAUGUAGGGCGAACGAUGAUUAAGAUCUAUAUAUUGGAGAAGCUCAAGAACGUUUUUUUGGGUCGGUUCCAUGGGUUGCCCCCGGCUUCUGGGUUGUCGGCGUGGGCGGGUGGUGUAGCGAGGUUCGAGGAGAGUGUAUACACGUCAGCAACCAGCCAAUCGGAAUAUCUGACGACAAUAACAAAGCGGUUGCAGAGUAUCAUAGUCCAAAAUCCCCCCAUUCCCCGCGUCGUGGUUCCGGACCUCCAUCCCGAUGUCGAUCCAGAUUACGUUGAUCCAUCACUAGUGGGGAUGGCGGAUCCUCCCUCUGCUGCUGCUGCUGCUGCUGCCACUGCCACGGAUUGGAGGGCUGAGAUGCCACCCGAGAGUCGAGAAAUGAUUAAGCGCAAUGUGUUUGAAAGACUUAAGACGCUCUCUUUCCAGCAUUACCGUUGGAUACCUAAUGCAUUUGGCUUGUCAGUGUGGAAAGGAGAUAUUGACAUGUUCGAGGGAAGCGUAUACAAUGCUGCAACAAGCCAGUUGGAAUAUUUCAGGAUGAUCACCCGGCGUGUUCUGACUUUGGAAGCUGCACAUCCCCCCUCCCCCAGAAACAGAGAGAUGAAGAGAUCAUCAUAUGAUGAUGAAAUGAUUAUCGUUAAGUACGAUGAUCCGACACAAGUACUACUCCAGCAGCCUUGCCGGACAGCUUUCCAUUUCCAGCCUCCUCAAAACUGGAUGAAUGACCCAAAUGAUGGAACUCCUGCUAUUUUGUACACUGGAGUUGAUUCUCAGAGUCGGGAAGUGCAAAAUUUGGCCAUUGCCAAGAAUCCAUCUGAUCCUUACCUUAGAGAAUGGAUCAAAUCACAUCAUAAUCCUCUGAUGGUUCCAGUUGAUGGGAUCGGCACCAGGUUUUUUAGAGAUCCAACAACGGCAUGGCAGGGGCCGGAUGGUAAAUGGCGGGUGAUUAUUGGUAGCGAAAUUAAUGGUCAUGGGACAGCACUUCUCUAUCAGAGUGAUGACUUUGUAACAUGGAGUAAGAGCCCCAAACCUCUUCAUUUUUCGGAUGCAACAAAAAUCUGGGAGUGUCCUGAUUUUUAUCCUGUUAGUGUCAAUGGCACUAAUGGGCUUGAUACUUCUGUGAUGGAUACUAAUACUAAGCAUGUGCUGAAGGCAAGCAUUAACAUGGAUGACUACAUGCGCGACAGCUAUGUGAUCGGUACAUAUGAACCAGAAACAGAUGAAUUUGUGGUUGAUGUUCAUUUCAAGGAUAAGAGUGUGGAUUUGAGAUAUGAUUAUGGGGUAUUCUAUGCCUCUAAAACAUUCUAUGAUAGUUUGAAGGGAAGGAGAGUAAUGUGGGGAUGGGUUCUGGAGGCAGAUAAUAAAUUGGAUGACAUAAACAAGGGAUGGGCUGGACUACAGUCAUUUCCUAGAUCUAUGUUGCUUGACGAAGGUGGAAAGCAAUUAACUCAGUGGCCUAUCAGAGAAAUUGAGAGCUUGCGCACAGAAGAAGUCAAUAUUCAGAACAAAGAGAUUGAAGGGGGAGCUGAAUUUGAGAUAACCGGCAUUACAGCUUCACAGGCUGACGUAGAGGUAUCGUUUCAUAUACCUAAUCUUGAUGAUGCGGAGCUACUGCUUCGUGAAUGGCGCGAUCCUGAGGCCCUUUGCAGGAUAAAGAAUGCAUCCGCUGGAGGCAACAUUGGACCAUUCGGAUUGAUGGUUUUGGCCUCAGAUAACUUGGCUGAACACACUGACAUUUUCUUUCGAAUAUACAAAGGCAAUGACAAACAUGUUGUGCUCAUGUGCAGUGAUCAAAGCAGGUCUUCUUUGAGAGAAGAGGUUGAGAAACCUACACAUGGGGCCUUUGUUGAUAUUGAUCCUUCACAAAAACUUUCAUUGAGAACUUUAAUUGAUCACUCAAUCAUUGAAAGUUUUGGAGGUGGAGGGAAGACUUGCAUCACUGCCAGAGCUUAUCCAAAAGUGGCUGUUGUACCAAUACCAAGAAUUGAUGAACCUAUUCUUGUUGACUACGAUCAACUGCAGCCUUACAGGACAGGCUAUCAUUUCCAGCCACCUAAAAACUGGAUGAAUGGGCCGAUGUAUUACAAUGGAGUUUAUCAUCUUUUCUAUCAAUACAAUCCACAAGGAGCAACUUGGGCUGGGGGUUUCCUUUCUUGGGGCCAUUCUGUAUCAUAUAAUUUGGUUGAUUGGAUUCAUCUUGAACCUGCACUUGAUCCCACUGACGCUUUUGACAUCAACGGCUGCUGGUCUGGUUCUGCAACAAUUCUUCCCGACGGAACUCCUGUUAUAUUGUACACAGGAAGUGAUUCUGAGAAGCGUCAAGUACAAAAUUUGGCUUUUCCCAAGAAUGCAUCUGAUCCUUACCUCAGUGAAUGGGGGCCGGAUGGAAAAUGGCGGGUGAUCAUUGGUUGCGAACUUAGUGGGUAUGGGGCAGCAGUUCUCUAUCUGAGUGAGGAUCUUGUGAAUUGGACUAAGAGCCAUAGACCCUUUUAUUCUACAAAGAGAGCAAAAUGGUGGGAAUGUGCUGAUUUUUUUCCUGUCAAUGUUAAUGGAAACAAUGGACUUGAUACUUAUGUGAUAGAUGGAAAUAUUAAGCAUAUUCUCAAGGCAAGCUUUAACAAUAGCGACUACUAUGUCAUCGGAACUUAUGAACCAGAAAUAGACCAGUUUGUUGCUGAUGAUGGUAUAGAAGACUUCCUGGAUGACAAUGUGGAUUUGAGAUAUGAUUACGGAAUGUUCUAUGAUUCUAAUGUUGAAGCAAUCUUGCUUGAUGAAGGUGGAAAGCAAUUAUUGCAAUGGCCGGUUAGAGAAAUCGAAACCUUGCGCACGAAAAAAAUCAGUAUUCAGAAUUAUGAGGUCAAAGGAGGAGCUGCAUUUGAGAAAACCGGCGUUACAGCUUCACAGGCGGACAUAGAAGUCUCAUUUCACCUCCCAAAUCUUGAUGAUACGGAACUACUGCAUCCGGAAUGGCGCGACCCUCAAGUCCUUUGCAGCAGAAAGAAUGCAUCAGCUGGAGGGAAAGUUGGACCAUUUGGCUUUAUGGUUUUAGCCUCAAGUGACUUGACUGAACACACUGAUAUCUUUUUCCGGAUAUAUAAUAAAGGCAAUUACGAGUACGUUGUGCUCAUGUGCAGCGAUCAAACAAGGUCUUCUUUGAGAGAAGGGGUUGGCAAAUCCACAUUUGGGGCCUUUUUGAAUGUUGAUCCAACACAAAACAUUUCCCUAAGAAGUUUGAUUGAUCACUCAAUUGUUGAAAGUUUUGGAGGUGGAGGGAAGAGUUGCAUCACCGCCAGAGUUUAUCCACAAUUGGCCGUUGGUAAUGAAGCUCACCUAUAUGUUUUUAACUAUGGCUCAGAAAGUGUUGUGAUCUCAAACUUAAGUGCCUGGAGCAUGAAGUCGGCCGAACUACUUCCUCUGGAUGAAAGAACAAAAUCCCAAGUUUGA